UUUGUUUCACCAGUGGUUUUUCCCCAUCUCUUCUAGGGAGAGCGGGAAGUCCAGGAAGCGCCAUUCGGUUUGUGUGCCUGCGCAGGGAGAGAAGUUCACGCCUAUCCUGAUCUGCGAAUAAGGCAGGUGAGCGGAUGCAUGGGUGGAUGAGCCGAAAAUGGUGGAGGGAGGCUUCAGUUCGAAGUGGAGCCACUGUGUUUGCAGCCCAGAGCCUGCCAUGGCUUUUAAGGCUUGCUCGGCAAAGGUUUCUAGCACGUGGCCGAUUGCAGCCUUAUUCUACUAUCGCAGUGCAGUGGCGCUUAGAAGUGGGUUAGAUUGGCGAAGCAUGCAGUCAGUCUUUGGGGCUCAUAUCCUUUUUUCUAUCAUGCUUUUGCUGUCCUUUGGUGUGAUGUCCCUAAAGUUACGACUAUAAUAUAUUCGAGUUUACCCGGGAGUAAACUUCGACUACUUUCUGGGCAAACACGUGUAGAAUUACUGUCCAUCACAGAGGCUCAAUAAAUCCAGGAACUAGAAAGUUUGGCUUUAAAGUGUUUGCAGAAUAAAGCCAUUAGCUGCUGUUGGUGAAAAAGGUAUCCAGUCCCAUUUGGCUGUUUCUGAGUAAGGUGCACUGAAUUAACACCGGUGCUUUUCAUUUUCCCGCCUUCGGCGCCAGCGCAUGCGCACUCUUAAGGCUUCUGUCUCCUUUUUUGAGAUUUCCUUCCUCUCCACCCUCCGCUUUUUGCAAGGCGGUUGAGGAGCGGAGGCGGAGACCGCGGCGGUGGCAACGCGCCUGCGCGCAACACUGUUUGCUUUCCUCCGCGUCGUCACUUCCUCGGUUGGACCCUAGGGGAGAAAAGACUCGAAAAGCACCCCUCUUCCGGUCGGUCCGUGUUUUAAAUAGCUGCCAUGUGAGGGGCGGAGGAGGUUACUUGCUGCGUCUGCCCUCCCCCCUCUUCCGUUUGUGAUCCGGAAGUGUCGGCUGCCUUUGUUUUUUUCAGCCUGACCCUCAAACUACAGCAACUAGUUAUGCGCCUGCGCGGCUGCCCGAGAGCGGAAGAGCAGGAGAACAGCGAAGACGGGCAGAGAGGGCGGGGGGAGCUGGGAGGUCAGGAGAGGCGAAGUCGGCAGUUAUUAUGCUGCGCCGGAUCCUGGCCUUACUCGCUCAUCCUUGUUUUCUCCCCAGCAGCGGCCCCGGAACCGUCAGGAGCGGCAACAUGUUCUACGCGGUGCGGAAGGGCAGGAGGACCGGCGUGUAUCGCACCUGGUAAGCGAAGCCACAUCUGGAGUGGCCAAUGUCUCUCCUCCCCCCUCUCCCAGGGGCUAAAAGGCUUCGUAUUCCUCCCAGUCUGGAAGGGUCAUUGCUCCACCUCCCCCACAUGGAGGAAUUUUUUUUUCUUUUUAGUAAAAAAAAAAUUGUAUUAAUUUUUUUCUUGAUUUACAAGAGCGUGUGCGUUGUCUCUCAAUUGUUGUUGUUUAGUCGUUUAGUCGUGUCUGACUCUUCGUGACCCCAUGGACCAGAGCACACCAGGCACUUCUGUCUUCCACUGCCUCCCGCAGUUUGGUCAGGCUCAUGUUUGUAGCUUCGAGAACACUGUCCAGCCAUCUCGUCCUCUGUCGUCCCCUUCUCCUUGUGCCCUCCAUCUUUCCCAACAUCAGGGUCUUUUCCAGGAGUCUUCUCUUCUCAUGAGGUGGCCAAAGUAUUGGAGCCUCAACUUCACAAUCUGUCCUUCCAGUGAGCACUCAGGGCUGAUUUCCUUCAGAAUGGAUAGGUUUGAUCUUCUUGCAGUCCAUGGGACUCUCGAGAGUCUCCUCCAGCACCAUAAUUCAAAAGCAUCAAUUCUUCGGCGAUCAGCCUUCUUGAUGGUCCAGCUCUCACUUCCAUACAUCACUACUGGGAAAACCAUGGCUUUAACUAUACGGACCUUUUGUCUCUCAAUAAAAAUAUUAAUUAAUAACAGAUGUAACUGAUCUGUCGAAAGUAUAGAGAGAAUCAAAUUUAUGUAAUAAUAUUUUUUAUUUAUACCCUGCCCUCUCCAGCCAAGGCUGGGCUCAGGGUGGCUAACAAGCAAUAAUAAAAACAAGUUGAAAUGAAUACAACUUAAAAACAAGAUUAAAAUACAACAUUAAAAUAUUAAAACAUUUAAAUAUUAAAAUGCAGCCUCAUCACAGGAGGAGAAAGGAAAAGUGGUACCUCUGGAUACGAACAGGAUCCGUUCCGGAGCCCCGUUCGCAUCCUGAAGUAAACGCAACACGCGACUGCGGGGGUUGCGUUUCGCCGCUUCUGCGCAUGCACGUGACGUCAUUUUGAGCGUAUGCGCGAGCGGCGGAACCCAGAAGUAACGUGCUCCGUUACUUCCAGGUUGCCACGGAAUGCAACCCGAAAAUACUUAACUUGAAGCUACUUCAACCCGAGGUAUGACUGUACCUAUAUCCAUGUUGCAUACUUGCCCAACACAGGGCUCGAACCCACAACCCUGAGAAUAAAAGAGUCUUGUUCUCUACCCACUGAGCCUGUACCAAAGAGCUCAAGGCAGCAAACAUCAUCUCUCACUCCCCCCCUUUUUUUAUUAAAAAAGAACCCAUUCUCCUAACAACCCUGUCAGGUGGUGGUACUGAGAGCAGGUAUCUGGCUCCGGGCGAACUUCAUAACUGUGUGCAGGUUUUAACCCAAAUCUUCCUCACACUAGUUCAAUGCUCUUAGUUCAGUGGGGCUUUGUAUUUAAGUUACUUUAGAAACAAAAAUUGGUUAGGUUUAUGUAAUGUUUCCAGGCCCCAAAGUGGCUUGCGUAGCCUGCCCCGACCUUUCUCCUUUGAAGGGCUAAAACUAUGGUGGAUUAUUGAGGUUGGGAAACUUUCCUUCCAAGAACUGUGUGAGGAUUGCCCUUCAGCUGAUAUAGGGGAAAGCUUUGUGUCCCCAGAUUUGCUCGAAUGAAGAGUAGGUGGCAUUGGAGAUAACACGUUUAUUUUUAAAAAAUAAUAAUAGCUUUAUGUUUUUAUAGGGAGGAAUGUAAAGAACAAGUUGACAAAUAUAAAUAUGCUAGCUUCAAGAAGUUUUCAACAGAGGAAGAUGCUUGGGACUUCGUAAAUGAUGGAUCAACAGGUACAUUUUGUCAUUCAAGUGGUAAGCACUCUGUAAAGGGUUGGUGCUUGGCAGAAAUUUUAAGAGUAGCCUUCUGGUAAUUAGUGUGGGCGUGCUAAAUGCUUCCCGCAGAAAGCUUGAUAUACAUGUCACUGGUCGGCUGUAUUUCCAGAUGGCACAGGCUGAGUUCUCAGUUCUGGGAUUUUUUUUAUGUAGGCUACCGUAUUUUUUGCCCUAUAGGACGCACUUUUUCCCCUCCAAAAAUGAAGGGGAAAUGUGUGUGCGUCCUAUGGGGCGAAUGCAGGCUUUCGCUGAAGCCUGGAGAGCGAGAGGCGUCGGUGCGCACCGACACCUCUCGCUCUCCAGGCUCCAGGAAGCUAUCUGCAAGCCUUGCGCACCCGGGGGGAGUUCCCCCGGGCACGCAGGGCUUGCGGGCGGCUAGCCUGGCAGCGCGGAGCCAGGCGCCUCCGGAUGCCCCGUGCUCAGCAGGUGUCCGCAGGCCUUGCGCGCCCGGGGAGAUCCCCCAGGCGCGCACGGCUUGCGGGCGGCAGCCGGCAGCGCGGAGCAUGUGGCGCCCUCCGGAGGACGCCCCGUGCUUCGUGCAGGUGUCCGCAGCCUGCCGCCCGGCGCGUAGGGCGCCCUGAAUCAGAGCGCCCCUCACGCCGGGCAGACAUCGGCCAGCCCCACAAGCUCGGGGGACAACUGGGAGGCGCAGCACCGCCAUCCCACUGUUCCCCGACCUGGUUUUGGGGGGGGGGGGUAAAUAAAGGAAAAAAAAUUUCCUUUAUUCCCCCCCCCCAAAAGGUAGGUGCGUCCUAUGGGACGGAGCGUCCUAUGGAACGAAAAAUACGGUAAUUGCUCCACCGAUGAUUUAGGAUGUGGCUUGGUUUUAAGUGAAAGUGGUGGAUUUGCAUUAAUAGCGGUGAGAAGUUACAACUGAAAGAAGGGAAAGUCUAGACCCCUUGCAUAUCUCGUUUUGCAGUAGAUCAGAGUUGGAGAGAAUAUGGCUUUCCAGAUGUUGGGCUACAACUCAAACCAUUCCUGCCUAUUGGUCAUGCUGUCUGGGGCUGAUGCAAGUUUGAGUCCAUCAACAUCUGAAAGGCAACAGAUAAGGGGACUGAAAGACCUUGUAACUAAAAUAAUUCCUUUGCUUUAUGAGAGUGUUAGAUCAAAUUGCAGUUUUGAUAAACCUACAGUUGCAUUGGAGCUUGGUCCACGUGACUUUUGUAUGCGGAUCAUCUAGCACAGGAAGAACUUGUACUGGCAAUUGCUUUGUCACAUAAUACAAUGUGUUCCCUUUAAACUAGGCACACUGGCAGGGGAUGCAGAUACAUCACCACCUAAUGACCCAGCAGUUGUUACAGAAUGUGCUCCUCAUACUUGUCUUGGUGUUUGUAGUGCUGUAGCAGAUGCAUAAUGCGCCAGGCUGCACACCCCUGUGCUUUCAUUCUGGAGCUUUUCUAAUGUGCUUUGCAUUACUAAACUGCAACCUGACCGUCUCUCAUUCUUGCUCAGUGUGGUAUUUGCCAGAAAGAGAGAUUCAGUGUUUCAGUGCCUCCGCUGGAUUGCUCUCGCCCAGGAUACUGGUUUAGUGCUUCCACAUAUUUCUGUUGGUGGCCGAAUGUCAUGGACUGAGUGCUUGGAGAAGGGACAUGGAAAGAGUUGGGAGUAUAAAAAUAAGCAAGUGCUUCAGAUAGGUCAGGACAAAUUACAGAUUCAUGAAAAUAUUCCCCAGGUUUCGUUGUACGUUUUGUAUACAAAACUUAAUUGAUUAUGGCAAUUUGUUAGGCUUGUUAGUCAUUUGGUACUCAAAGGUCUCCAAGCAACUUAACACAACAAGAUACAUUACACCAAACAAUGGAAGAGUUACAUUAUGUGUCACUUGGUUGAGAAUCCAAAGUAUCAAGUGAGCCCAAAUAGGGCAUUCCUUUCUGGUACAUUUGAGAAGCUGGCACACUUGUUGCCUAUCUGUAUAGUAGGCAAUACAGAGCUACAUAAGCCACUCACAACUUGUAACGUGUACCUAAUAUGUGGAAAAACUACCAUGUCCUAAUUGUUUUGUAGUAGAUACAGCUAAGUAGUCUUAGAAAUUGCCAGUGGAUUUCCACGAGCUCAUCUUUUGUGUGGAUCUGUGCUGCUCUCCAUUUAAUCGCUGAAAGCAUACUUCUGCAAGUUAGCACUGCUCACUCUUUAGGCUUGUAGUAUAUUGUGUCUCUCUCUGUGUGUGGUUAUGCAUUUUUCUGCAGUCCUGCUCACAGUUAAUUUAUGAAUUAAUUUCUAAUUACUUUAGAGGGACUUCAUUUAUGUGAUUGUGGGUGUAUAAGGUUCUUGAACAUGAAUAUUAUACUUUCAAUGUGAUUUUUUAUUUUUUGCAUUUCGUUUCUUCUAUGGUUUCGAUAAUGCAGCUUAUGAAAGACCAACAAAUAAUAGGUUCAGGGGUAAGAAGACAACAUCGUGGUCAGAUUAUAGUUCAUACAAGAAACCAUAUGAACAGCCCUCAGAGAACCAACGUGAGAGAAAGCGUGUAAAAUAUACCGAAGUACCUUACACACCUCCAGAACGCAAAGAUGAAUUCUCCUAUAUGGGUAAGUGCCUUUAUUGUAGCAGGUGACUAAACAAUGUUGUUUCCUUAAAAUUUUUAAAUAGGGCUUUUAAGCUGUUGUUAUUUAUUAAAUUUGUACACAGCCCUCUAUCCAGUUCACAACAUAAAAAAUAUAAGAUAACAAACCCCAAAAUACCUAAGAAAAACAAAAGCAAAAAGAAAACCAAUAGUCCCCCCCCCCCCAUUGGAAGUUCUUUGCAUAUAUAUUUAAUAUGCAAAAGAGCUUUACAGUCUUCUUACUCUUGGAAAUGCACAAGUCACUCAUAUUGAAAUUGACUUAGCUGCUGCCUAGUAAGUUAUGACACAAUCCAAACUCUCUUUGCUGGGGGGGGGGGUGGAGGUGUCCCUGUCGACAUGCAAGCAGAAGUGCCACUAGUGGGUUUCAUAUCAGCGGUAGCCAGUAGAAAUUGCUGGAACAUGUAUUCCAAGGGAAGGAUUUCACCUUCCCAGGAUCCCUUGGGACCUGAGUUGGCCCCAUUGUUGUCACAUGAGUGCAUUGGGCCCAAUUGCUGGUGCAGUGAUUUGCUUCCCCCAUCACCUUCCACUCCUGCUGUUGUGUGAAGCAAGUUUGUGGAUUCGGCAGUGGCCCCAGCACUAAACCAGAGUAGUCCAGGUUUUGAACUGCACCAUUAGUGGCUGUACAGCGUUUGGAAUCCAGGUCUUAACAAAUUGACUGAUAACAAUUUUUACACUUGAGAGCUUUUCCAGUAUAGUCGAACCUAAACUUCGGUAUGUGUGCGCGACAAACCCAGAAGUAUUUUACCGGGUUUCGCCCAACGCACAUGCGCAGAAGUGGUCCCCAUGUUGCGGAAACCUCGGGAUCCGACCAGACCUCCGGAACUGAUCCCAUCUGCAACUGGAGGUACCACUGUACUGAAUUGGGGAUAUAUGAAUGCCUCCAUUUAAAGGAGAGCUACUUCACAGUUCAAAGUAAUGUACCAGACAUUCUGUGUGGAGCUCUUAAAUAGUCCACAUAGGAUUUUAUAUUUGAUUAUAUCCAAUUUAUCCUCUGCUUAAACUACUGCAGAUUUCUGCACUAUAUAUAAUAAUUCACAAACUUGUGUAAUAGGUUCUAGUAGAUUAUGACCCUUAGUAUAACAAAGCACUUUAUAUCUCCUGGUAAACAGAUGAAAUAACUCUUUGAUGGAGUCAAAGACCCAUGGGAGACAAAUGUUUUAAAACUUGUGUUUUUUAUCUUUCGUUUUAUUCUGUGAACCUCCCUGUGAUCUUGUGAUGAAGGGCAGUAUAUUAACCGAAUAAAUAACAAUAAUGUUAAUGUGACAUACAGCUAUUUUGGUAGCUCACCAUCUUUUUCAGAAUACUAUAAUUCAAAACAAAGUGGCUCAGUUGUGCUAUGUCCCUUGAAAGCUAGUCUGCAUUGGGAGCAGCACAUGGAUUGUUUGUAUGGUUUUUUUAUCCAUUGUUCUAAAAUAUGUCCUGUGGGAACCUCAAUAAGACUUUAAUUUGGCAGUAAGUUGGGUGGUCCUGAUCACCUUUCUUAAAUAUCAGAACUAAAAUACUUGAUGUCCAUCCAGGUGGCAAUAUUCCUGCUGAAUUAAUUGUCCUAUUUGCAUUUUUAGGAGAUUAUGCAGUUGUUUAUACUGAUGGGUGUUGCUCAAGUAAUGGGCGCCGUAAAGCACGUGCUGGAACUGGUGUCUAUUGGGGACCCGAUCAUCCUUUGUAAGUAAGAAAUGAAUGGUCCAAUAACUUGCUAUAAAAACCAUUCAUAUAAAUACACACACACACACACACACACACACACAUAUAUAUAUGCAGUGAUCCCUAUUGUUGUUUGCAUUUGGACACAGUAUUUUCCCGUCCUUCCACUAAUAUUAUUUUCAGAAGAAAACUCUGGCUGGAGGGUGGACCCACUUCUCUCUUGAUCCAAUCUUCUGCCUCUUGUGAAGAGUUGCAGGUUCCUGGCCCCAUCCACUUGGCCAGGUGAAUCCAGUCCAAGCAUAGUUUCAUUGGUUGCAGACCAGGCUGUAAGAAGAAGAGAAAGUGUGCAUGGCAUCUGUCCACUGUCCACUGCUUUCCUAAUCAACAAAGAGGAGCCUGAGUCAGCCUCAUGGUGCCGUCUCGUUCAUGUUUCUUCAGACGGAUAAAGUGGCUGCCUCCUUGCCCACCAAAGCAAAUGUCCAGAAACCAGACUGGUAGGAAGUCACAUUAUGGAGGCUAGCACAGUGGUGUCCAAAAUAGCUACUGAGAUGUCCCUGGCAGAAGCAAUUAAUGCCAGGAGCAUCUGUCAGAAUUUGCUUCUGGAGUCCUCAGUAUAAUGUGUCUUCCUGUCCAGCUGAAGAUCUUCAGGGCUUGUGAUAUGUAGAGGGAAAGUAUGGUCUCUGUCAUUUGUCCAGGUGGAUGGUCAGAGUUGGAGCAAUUUGUUGUCUACCAAUCCUGUCCUUUCCUUGGUCACAUUUGAAGGAAAUGGCUUGUUUGACGAAUGUGUGGACCAAAGGAAAGUAGUGACUGCUAAAAAAAUAAUAAAAAUACAUGGCCAUCUUCCCACCCAGGGGCUUUCUCUAAAUCAUUCAGAACCAAGAGCACUAGCCACUCAUCACAUCUUGCACUGGCAGCCUUGAAAGCAUGAGAAGCCAUUCAAACCUUCCGGUUGCUCUUGGGGGAAAUGUGAGAUCUGGCAAUGGCCGACUUGGCUCCCUACUUUCCUCCUGAAGUGGAGCAAUAAGAGGUCUGCCUGACUGGAUAACAUAAAACAUAACACUUUAAAAUAGCAAGGAUUGGAUUUCCAUUCCCAGGAGGUGCUUCUGUCCAUGUUUCGGCCUUUCUCCUUCAUCCCUCGGUGCCAUAGUUCCUCAGCCCAUCUCACUCAACAGGGCUUCCUAACCCUUGGAUGGGUUUUUGGCAGGGGCUGUUGGGGACAGGAGGACCAUAGCCUUCCUCUGGCAUUUAUUUUAAUCCAAUAUGAGCAAUUCAGGUAGACACAAACAUGGCGUAGCACUAAAUUUGAAAAUCUGUGGUUUGAAGGAAGAACAACAUUGGUUUUCCUAUUCUUAUAAACAUGCAGACUGUCUUUCAGGUCACAGAUAUAUUUUGAUCCCUAUAUUAGCCUUGAAAUGUUUCACGCAUGAGAAAAAUUACUUGAAUGUUGUAUGUAUUUUGUACUCCUACAGAAAUAGUAGUGAAAGACUUCCUGGGCGGCAGACUAAUCAAAGGGCUGAAAUACAUGUAAGUUAAAUGGAACACAGAAUUGGCACAAUUGAGUGCUUGAGCCUUUUAGUUUUAAUGAAAAUGCUCGUCUGUUUCAAGGGAGGAACUUCAUGGAUAUAUAUAUAGAGAGAGAGCGUAGUUUGGAGAAAUUGAAAGAACAAUUUAAAAAGUUAUCUCAUAAAUCCUAACAAGAGAUUGCAUGAUUGAUAGGCUAGUGACGCAGAAUAAUUAUGUAGCUAUUAUGAAAAUUCAUAAAACCUAGUUAAGUAAUUGGCCAUGGCUCCCCCCCCCCCCAUUGUCUUUAACAUAAUUUGCAUCAACUUCUGGACGAACAGUGCUAGAAUUGGAUUACGUUGCUUUUGUGUUACAAUUUUGAAACUUGGCAUCAGUAUUGAUGGUUCAACUUCCUUUCUGCUGAGUUGUGUAUUCUAAAUGUUUUCCGUAGGCAGCUUGCAAAGCAAUAGAGCAAGCCAAGAGUCAAAAUAUCAAUAAACUGGCAAUCUAUACUGACAGCAAGUUCACCAUCGAAGGUAAGUCAUUGUGUAUUGGGAAUAAGUAAUAAGGCAAGAAGCAUGUGAAAUGGCCUUCUGAAAGGAAAUUAAGUUUGUGCAGGGCAUGGAACUUGGUAUUUUGAUUAUUUACCAGACGCUUCCAGCACCUUUCUGGGACACCAGAGUUCUAGUCCCACUUGGCCAUGAAGCUCACAGAGUGACCUUGGGCCAGUCACAUUCUCUUGGUCUAACCUACCUCACAGCAUUGCAUGGAUAAAAUGGAGAGUGAGGGGAGAACUAUGUGUACAAUCUUGCGCUCUUUGGGGAAAAGGUGGGCUAGAGAUAAAUAACUUUCCAAUGAUCAAGACCUAGGAAUUUAGCAUGUAAUAUAUAAUGAAUGUUUGCUUUUGAUGUUUAAGCAGAUCCUAGUGGUAAGCAGGCAUGUGAAUGAGUGUUGGGUGUUUUUCUAUUAAAAGCUAGUGGCUUGGGAAGGGUUUACAUUGAAAGCUAACAAAUACUGCUCUCCAGAGAAUACUUAAUCAAUAAUAGAAUUGUGGCCAAGGGAGGCUGUUCUCCAUACACUGUUUCUUUUCCACCCAAACCCCAGUCCCAAGAUUUACCAGCCAACGUUGCCUUUCUGGAUUUAUCCUCUUUCAACUUGGAUACAUUUAUUCCCAAGCUAGGGACUUGUAUUUCCUGUGUUUAAAACCCAUAUUGGCAGGGAUCCAACAAACCUGAUAAAUAAAUACCCGUAUAUACCCAGAAGAUGACUUCCUUCUCAAAAGCAAAGGUUAGAAGUGUGUUGGUAACUCUAGAAUCCACAUCGGGUUUUAACUUUUUAUUUUGAGAGAGACCUGAACAUCUGCAGAUGUUACCCGCUAUCUACGCUUGAAGUGGGUCCCUGUCCACAAAUGACCCCUUCAAGAUCUGGACUUCAGCUUCUACUUAUGGCAGGCAAGACCAGCUAUAAGCUGACCGGUGCUUAAAAUGGUAGGCCCAAAGUCAAAUGGAAUAUUCAUUACUUACAAUGGGCUGCAAAUUUAUUACAGCAAACAUUCAGUGCCUGCCUAGACCUAGCUUGGAUUCACCACCAUGUGUACUUCUUUGAACAACACAACUGGAUGGCAUUUUGCAGAUGUGCGGUAGAAUCCGAGGACAAUUUCAGCAGUCCUUAAAAAAAGUCACGAUACAACAGAUGCAUCUUGUUCUUACAUAGGUAUGACAAGCUGGGUUAAAAACUGGAAGAAGAAUGACUGGAAAACAUACAAAGGAACAGAUGUAACAAACAGAGAGGACUUUGAAAGGCUUGCUAAUCUUUCGGAAGGCAUGGAUAUCCAGUGGGUAAGUUAUGUGGUUUGAAAAGGCAGACUUCAUAAAUAGCAAGUGCAUACUAUUAAAAAUGGGUGUUAACAAAAUAAUGCAAGUAAUUCUGUAUAGUAAUGGAAAUGUGCAAGUGUUUGGUACCAGUCCAGGGGAAGGCCAGUGUAUUGUUAUGUUUUGAACAAGAAAACAGCACUUUAUUCUGACCUGUGUAUUUUUCUCACUAGUUUUUUGGGGGGAAUUGAAAUACAAUGUUGCUUUCUAACUCUUUGCGGGGCUGGGAAAAAAGUGUCUUACCAACACGCUGCCUUAACAAUAGCAUACCAUUUGCAUGUCUAUUCUCUAGCUUUUGAUAAAAACAAGAAUUGAGUAUUGGCAUUUUUUAAGAGUCAUUUUUGGCACUUUGAACUGAAAGCUGUCUCGUGAGAUGUGGAGGGUGGGGAGAUAGUCAUAAAAUGAAGAUGGUUGUACAGUUGCAGUAACUGGUUCAAUUUACUGUUAACAGAAACACGUUCCAGGUCAUUCUGGCUUUGCUGGAAAUGAAGCGGCUGAUCGACUAGCAAAAAAAGGAGCUGGAAAGUCCUUGUCCUAGAAUGUGUUAGAAAUAUCCAUUGACUUUGGGGGCAGACUCACAACAUUUCUGACUAACAGGCUGCGAUUGUGAUGGAUAAAUGUGCGUUUUACUGACUCGUAUCCAAUUUCUUGAUAUUGAGAAGCCUCAGGUUUGGAUACUUAGGAUUAUCCGAAAGACGGCAAGAGAUAUUUGAACAAAAUGCUUUUUUGAUGCAUUCUGGUUAUGAAGAGUUACGACACUGCAGAAUUUUACGUAAUGUGUUGCCAGAGUAUGUCAUUUCUUUCACAGUUGUACAUUCAAGAGUUGUGUUUUAUAUAAAAAAUAAUAAUAAAAGUUUUUGUUUUUC